AUGUCCAAUGUGCCUACUGCCCACUACUGCAUGACAAAAAUUGAGGCCGACAACAAGCCCUCGUCAAGAGCUUCGUCAUGCGAUCGGCGAGCUGCUUGGGUCAUCUUGACCAGGAAGGCAUCCCUCAAGCCUCGUCUCCAAUCACCUUUGCCUGGCUGGGACAUGUUCGCAGCUGUAUAA